AGUCUUUAAAAAACCUUAAAAUGGGGAAAGGAGGAAACUAUGUGACGGUGGCAGCUUCGGAGGUGGAGGAGCUACGGAGGAAGAACGGAGAGAUGGAAAAGGCUGUGGAGGAGAUGAGGAAAGAGAUGUUGCAGCUGUGGCGGAGGACGCAGGUGGCGGAAGAGGCGGAGGAGCGUCUCUGUUCUCAGCUAGCCGAGCUUGAAGCUGAAUCUUUAGACCAGGCUCGUGAUUACCACUCUCGCAUCAUCUUUCUCAUGAACGAGCUUUCUCGUCUCUCUUCCGACUCAGCCUCCGCCUCACCGUAGAACAGCACAUGUAGAUAUAUAGGUUCUUCUUUAGUCUUUUCUUGUUUAGAUUGUUGGAUGUAUCCUCCGAUAUGUAGAGUUUUGUUUUGUUAUAUCGAAAGUGGAUCUCUUCGAGAUUUCUAUAUAAAUCAAAAAAACAAAAAAAAAAGUUGAGACGUAUUUAAUUUUUAUGUUUGAAUAAAUCGAAUCUAGUUUUUUUUGCUAAGAAUGUAAAUAUUUCCUAUAAAAUGAAAACGAUUUAGGUUUACAA